AUGGCAGGACAAGCAUUUAGAAAAUUUCUUGCGCUCUUUGACCAGGUAUUAGUUGAGAGAAGUGCAGCUGAAACUGUAGCCAAAGGAGGCAUUAUGCUUCCUAAGAAAUCUCAAGGAAAGGUGUUGCAAGCCACGGUGGUUGCUGUUGGAUCGGGCUCAAAAGGGAAGGGCGGAGAGAUUCGGCCAGUUACUGCAAAAGUUGGAGACCGAGUACUUCUACCAGAAUGCGGAGGCAGCAAAGCGGUUCUAGGUGACAAGGAUUAUUUCUUGCUUAGAGACAGUGACACUCUUGGAAAGUAUGGAGAUUGA